UGGUUAAUUCGGUUAUGUGAAGACAUGGAUCAAUUGCUUAGGAUAUGGGGUGAAGUAAUCGAUCAUAACAAAGACAGAGACAGAUUACUUAGAAAACCGUUUCUUGAACAAGUUCAUUAUUUAAUUUCGGAUUUUAAAACCGCGAAAUCUUUAAAAAAGUAUUUCGAUAAGAUCCCUGAUCAUUUUAAGAAAAAGGUUGAUGUGGCAUUUCGCCAAAAAUCUUUUAAAUUAAUAAGCUCUCCAACUUAUAAUUGGGAUAAACCUGAUACAGAAGAAAUGCUCGCAAUUCUGAAAAAUCCUGAAUUUAAUUGGAAUAAAUCUGACCUGCUUGAAGUACUCAAUGAAAUUUCUCAAUCAAAUCAAUUGUACAUAUUGCACGUGUUCUUAGAUUUACUUAGUUAUUGGUUUCAACUUGAAUCGCAAGAAAUACCUUUGGAUAAGAUUCCCGCCAUUUGUGGUCAAUGGUAUCAGCAUUUAAUGGAUCAUGUUAAUGAGAAAAAGGAUCGAUAUGUCUAUAACGUAUUUUCUUAUUUAUCUAAAAUAUAUCCAAGGCUUGAAGGACAUUGGAACAUUUUGUUUAUAUUGGUGGGUAUCGCUAUUGAUAGAGUUAAGCAAUGUCCAGAAGAUAAAAUUCUUAGUACAGUUCACCAGAUUGACUUCCAACAAGAUAUCGUUCAGUCAUUCUUGCGAAUG